GUUACACUGCAGUACCGCCAGUCCCCUCGGUGUACAUGGGAUGGCGUGCUUUCCAACCGGAACCCUGGCCACUUGGGUUUUCACUCAUGCUACACAGAAAUGGCGGAGAAUACUGUGACGGUCACUGUUGCUUACGGUUCUACGAAGCACAGUAUCACGGUAACGGGGCUGGACGGGAACGAACCGAUACUGAAGGACCUUUCUGAUGCUCUCGUUCAGGUUACCGGGGUCCCGAUGCCUGCACAGAAGCUCAUCUUUAAAGGGAAGUCACUGAAGGAGAUGGAGGAGAGUCUGUCCAGCUUUGGAAUCAAACCGGGAUGUAAACUCAUGAUGAUUGGGAAGAGGAACAGCCCAGAGGAGGAGUCCGAGCUGAAGAAGUUGAAGGACAUUGAGAAGUCAGUAGAACAGACGGCUAAGAAACUGGAGAAGGUGGAUGGAGAGCUGACAGGACUCAAGAAUGGGUUCCUGGCUAAAGACCUGCAGGCUGAGGCGCUGGGGAGACUGGACCAAAGAGUGAAGGUGGCAUCUGAACAGUUCAUGAAGAUUCUAGAGCAGGUGGACUCUAUGACUUUACCAGAGAACUUUGGUGACUGUCGGAUGAAGAAAAAGGGACUAGUGAAAACAGUUCAGGGAUUCCUGGCUCAGUGUGACAAGAUAGAAGCAGGGAUUUUAGAGCACUUGGCUAAGAUCCAGUCUAAGAACCUGGCCCUGGCAGAUUCUUAGAUCUACUAGUUGACAGAGAUCUACUGGGUCACCGUCUGGGAUCUGCCAUCAUGUCCAUCCCUCUGCUGCUCCACAUCUCUCCAUCUGCCCUGGUCUCCACUGGGUCACCGUCUGGGAUCUGGGGAAAUCCAUUUGAUUUCAAUGACCUUUUUGACAGCAUCCCUUUCGAUUUGAACAAAACCUUCCAUACGUAGUUGCCCGUUUUAGAAGUGGUCAGAAAGUGACUUUCGGGACCUGAAUGCCAAAACAGCGAAGACAUAAAGGUGCUCAGAAGUUGGCCUAUUAGAAUGUAUGACACCCAUUCUGUAUUCAAGAGCACGUUGUGUCUCAGCCGAUGCCGGCCACCACACGACCUCAGAUGAUGUGAAAUAGGGUCUAAGCUACAACAUGUGAAUCUGAAAUAAAUCUGGGUUUACACGUUUUUAGAUCAUUUAUGUUAAAGCUUAAAUAUUGUCCACAUAUUUUAUUCAAACAUAUUUUUUUCAAGAAAUGACUAAAUGGUAUGACGACCCUGUUGUUUGUAAACUUUUAAACGAUAUCGAUCUCAACCAUCAAUCUUUUUCAUUGAAAUGUCUCGUGGUAUGGUGGGGUAUGGUGGGGUAUGGUGAGGUAUGAUGGGGUCUUUUUCAUUGAAAUGUCUCGUGGUAUGGUGGGGUAUGGUGGGGUAUGGUGAGGUAUGAUGGGGUAUGGUGGGGUAUAGUGAGGUAUAGUGAGGUAUGGUGGGGUCUUUUUCAUUGAAAUGUCUCGUGGUAUGGUGGGGUAUGGUGGGGUAUGGUGAGGUAUGAUGGGGUCUUUUUAAUUGAAAUGUCUCGUGGUAUGGUGGGGUAUGGUGGGGUACGGUGGGGUAUGGUGAGGUAUGAUGGGGUAUGGUGAGGUAUGGUGGGGUCUUUUUCAUUGAAAUGUCUCGUGGUAUGAUGGGGUAUGGUGGGGUCUUUUUCAUUGAAAUGUCUCGUGGUAUGAUGGGGUAUGAUGGGGUAUGGUGGGGUCUUUUUCAUUGAAAUGUCUCGUGGUAUGAUGGGGUAUGGUGGGGUCUUUUUCAUUGAAAUGUCUCGUGGUAUGGUGGGGUAUGAUGGGGCAUGGUGGGGUAUGAUGGGGUAUGGUGGGGUCUUUUUCAUUGAAAUGUCUCGUGGUAUGGUGGGGUAUUAUGAUGGGGUAUGGUGGGGUCUUUUUCAUUGAAAUGUCUCGUGGUAUGGUGGGGUAUGCAAAAUGAGUUAACUUUGAGGACCUUUAUCUCCUGAAUGUUUUGGCAUUCAGGUCUCAAAAGUCACUUCCUGUCCUCUUCUUCCAUGGGCAAACAGAGAUGGAACGUUUUGUUUAAAUCAAAAGGGACGCUGUCAAAAAGCGAUUGAAUUCAAAUGGAUUUCCUCGUCUACUAAAUCAACAUAUCCCUUCCCUCUCUCUCUGCUGUGACUCUGCCCUGGUCCUAUGUUGCUCUUUGAGCAACACUACUGUCUUCAGUCAUCAUCGCUCUCCAGGCCUGGAGCCGCUCUAGGACACCUCUAGUGGAGUCAUCAGCUCUAGGUCACCUCUAGUGGAGUCAUCAGCUCUAGGACACCUCUAGUGGAGUCAUCAGCUCUAGGACACCUCUAGUGGAGUCAUCAGCUCUAGGACACCUCUAGUGGAGUCAUCAGCUCCAGGAGACCUCUAGUGGAGUCAUCAGCUCCAGGAGACCUCUAGUGGAGUCAUCAGCUCUAGGACACCUCUAGUGGAGUCAUCAGCUCUAGGACACCUCUAGUGGAGUCAUCAGCUCUAGGACACCUCUAGUGGAGUCAUCAGCUCUAGGACACCUCUAGUGGAGUCAUCAGCUCUAGGACACCUCUAGUGGAGUCAUCAGCUCUAGGACACCUCUAGUGGAGUCAUCAGCUCUAGGACACCUCUAGUGGAGUCAUCAGCUCUAGGACACCUCUAGUGGAGUCAUCAGCUCCAGGAGACCUCUAGUGGAGUCAUCAGCUCUAGUGGAGUCAUCAGCUCUAGGACACCUCUAGUGGAGUCAUCAGCUCUAGGACACCUCUAGUGGAGUCAUCAGCUCUAGGACACCUCUAGUGGAGUCAUCAGCUCUAGGACACCUCUAGUGGAGUCAUCAGCUCUAGGACACCUCUAGUGGAGUCAUCAGCUCCAGGAGACCUCUAGUGGAGUCAUCAGCUCUAGUGGAGUCAUCAGCUCUAGGACACCUCUAGUGGAGUCAUCAGCUCUAGGACACCUCUAGUGGAGUCAUCAGCUCUAGGACACCUCUAGUGGAGUCAUCAGCUCUAGGACACCUCUAGUGGAGUCAUCAGCUCUAGGACACCUCUAGUGGAGUCAUCAGCUCUAGGAGACCUCUAGUGGAGUCAUCAGCUCUAGGACACCUCUAGUGGAGUCAUCAGCUCUAGGACACCUCUAGUGGAGUCAUCAGCUCUAGGACACCUCUAGUGGAGUCAUCAGCUCUAGGAGACCUCUAGUGGAGUCAUCAGCUCUAGGACACCUCUAGUGGAGUCAUCAGCUCUAGGACACCUCUAGUGGAGUCAUCAGCUCUAGGACACCUCUAGUGGAGUCAUCAGCUCUAGGACACCUCUAGUGGAGUCAUCAGCUCUAGGAGACCUCUAGUGGAGUCAUCAGCUCUAGGACACCUCUAGUGGAGUCAUCAGCUCUAGGAGACCUCUAGUGGAGUCAUCAUCUCUAGGAGACCUCUAGUGGAGUCAUCAGCUCGAGGUCACCUCUAGUGGAGUCAUCAGCUCUAGGACACCUCUAGUGGAGUCAUCAGCUCUAGGACACCUCUAGUGGAGUCAUCAGCUCUAGGACACCUCUAGUGGAGUCAUCAGCUCUAGGACACCUCUAGUGGAGUCAUCAGCUCUAGGACACCUCUAGUGGAGUCAUCAGCUCUAGGACACCUCUAGUGGAGUCAUCAGCUCUAGGACACCUCUAGUGGAGUCAUCAGCUCUAGGACACCUCUAGUGGAGUCAUCAGCUCUAGGACACCUCUAGUGGAGUCAUCAGCUCUAGGAGACCUCUAGUGGAGUCAUCAGCUCUAGGAGACCUCUAGUGGAGUCAUCAGCUCUAGGACACCUUUAGUGGAGUCAUCAGCUCUAGGACACCUCUAGUGGAGUCAUCAGCUCUAGGAGACCUCUAGUGGAGUCAUCAGCUCUAGGACACCUCUAGUGGAGUCAUCAGCUCUAGGACACCUCUAGUGGAGUCAUCAGCUCUAGGACACCUCUAGUGGAGUCAUCAGCUCUAGGACACCUCUAGUGGAGUCAUCAGCUCUAGGAGACCUCUAGUGGAGUCAUCAGCUCUAGGAGACCUCUAGUGGAGUCAUCAGCUCUAGGACACCUCUAGUGGAGUCAUCAUCUCUAGGAGACCUCUAGUGGAGUCAUCAGCUCGAGGUCACCUCUAGUGGAGUCAUCAGCUCUAGGACACCUCUAGUGGAGUCAUCAGCUCUAGGACACCUCUAGUGGAGUCAUCAGCUCUAGGACACCUCUAGUGGAGUCAUCAGCUCUAGGACACCUCUAGUGGAGUCAUCAGCUCUAGGACACCUCUAGUGGAGUCAUCAGCUCUAGGUCACCUCUAGUGGAGUCAUCAGCUCUAGGACACCUCUAGUGGAGUCAUCAGCUCUAGGACACCUCUAGUGGAGUCAUCAGCUCUAGGACACCUCUAGUGGAGUCAUCAGCUCUAGGACACCUCUAGUGGAGUCAUCAGCUCUAGGACACCUCUAGUGGAGUCAUCAGCUCUAGGACACCUCUAGUGGAGUCAUCAGCUCUAGGACACCUCUAGUGGAGUCAUCAGCUCUAGGACACCUCUAGUGGAGUCAUCAGCUCUAGGACACCUCUAGUGGAGUCAUCAGCUCUAGGACACCUCUAGUGGAGUCAUCAGCUCUAGGACACCUCUAGUGGAGUCAUCAGCUCUAGGUCACCUCUAGUGGAGUCAUCAGCUCUAGGACACCUCUAGUGGAGUCAUCAGCUCUAGGACACCUCUAGUGGAGUCAUCAGCUCUAGGACACCUCUAGUGGAGUCAUCAGCUCUAGGACACCUCUAGUGGAGUCAUCAGCUCUAGGACACCUCUAGUGGAGUCAUCAGCUCUAGGAGACCUCUAGUGGAGUCAUCAGCUUUAGGUCACCUCUAGUGGAGUCAUCAGCUCUAGGUCACCUCUAGUGGAGUCAUCAGCUCUAGGUCACCUCUAGUGGAGUCAUCAGCUCUAGGUCACCUCUAGUGGAGUCAUCAUCGCUCUCCAGGCCUGGAGCCACUCUAGGACACCUCUAGUGGAACCCUAUUCCAACGUAGUGCUCUAGUUCUGGACAGAGACCUAUGUGGUAGCCCUAUCGGGCCAAAGCUAGGACACUUAAUAAGGAAAAGUGACAUUUAUGAGUUGUUCUAAUGUAUUUAUUUAGCAUGGCAACAUGCAGCAGACUACCCUUGUAAUGACUUCUGUGUGUGUGCUGGGGUAGAGAAGACAUCACUGACUGUUGCAGCCUCUUAACAAUGUCCCCAGCCUUUGGUCCUCAGGGACUUAAGAAAAGGUGCUGUGUAUGUAGGAUAUUUUUAACAAAGUAAAAGAACCAAAAUGAAAUAAUCCUUCAGACUUUGAAAAUGUGUGGUGUUUGCUGAUACGUGUUGCAAUUACGAAGAGACGGCUGAUAUUGAGCUGGCGAUUGAUUCUGUACUGCUUUCUAGUGACAGGAUGUGAUGUCGCUAAUGGUCAGUCUGACCAGUGACAGGAUGUGAUGUCACUAAUGGUCAGUCUGACCAGUGACAGGAUGUGAUGUCACUAAUGGUCAGUCUGACCAGUGACAGGAUGUGAUGUCACUAAUGGUCAGUCUGGCCAGUGACAGGAUGUGAUGUCACUAAUGGUCAGUCUGACCAGUGACAGGAUGUGAUGUCACUAAUGGUCAGUCUGACCAGUGACAGGAUGUGAUGUCACUAAUGGUCAGUCUGACCAGUGACAGGAUGUGAUGUCACUAAUUGUCAGUCUGACCAGUGACAGGAUGUGAUGUCACUAAUGGUCAGUCUGGCCAGUGACAGGAUGUGAUGCUGACUGCCUAGUGGAGCCAUGUUAUAGUGUGUCGUUUCAGAUAAAAAGCUGUUGGGAUUUAAA